UUGCAGCUCCUCCACCAUCUUUCGGUCCCGGCUUUUGUUCCAGCUUGACCAUCCGCUCGUUUGUUCGACUUGAUUCAGCCCUUCCCAUCGAGGUCUCUAGACUUUUCGCGACGUCAUUCGCAAUACUCAGUUUUAAUCCUCGAGUCCGAUACGUAAUUCCGGAUUCGCAAUACAUUCAGCCGCCUCGAUACCCCUUUUGACUCCGAUCACAUCUACAACCCGCGACAACAUGGGCGUCGAAGAGAAGAGCCGGGCGUCGGGCGACUCCCCCAGAGAUGGCGUCCUUCCCACCGUUAAUCCCGAGGUCGAGAAGGCCCAGCCUCCCAAGAGUGCCAUCCACCCUGCGUUCUAUGUGAGCAUCUGGAUCGCGAUGAGCUCGUCCGUUAUUCUAUUCAACAAAUGGAUUCUGUCCGCCAAAGGAUUCGACUUCCCGGUCGUUUUGACCACUUACCAUUUGGUCUUCUCUACUAUCAUGACCCAGAUCCUUGCACGGUACACCACAUUGCUCGACGGCAGGAAGACAGUUAAGAUGACUGGCAAGGUCUAUCUGCGCGCCAUUGUUCCGAUCGGUUUCUUCUUCAGCUUGAGCUUGAUUUGCGGCAACCUCACCUACCUCUACCUCAGUGUUUCUUUUAUCCAAAUGCUCAAGGCCACUACUCCUGUCGCUGUUCUCCUCUCCGGCUGGGCCCUCGGCGUGUCGACGAUCAACAUGAGGGUUUUCCUCAACGUCUCCGUCAUCGUUGUCGGUGUCAUUAUCGCUUCGUACGGCGAGCUCGAGUUCGUCUGGUUGGGCGUUAUCCUCCAGAUCGCCGGUGUCGCCUUCGAGGCUCUUCGUCUUACCAUGGUCCAGCGUCUCCUGAGCUCCGCCGAGUUCAAGAUGGAUCCUUUGGUUUCGCUCUACUACUUCGCUCCCAUCUGCGCCCUCAUGAACGGCGUCGUUGCUCUUUUCUGGGAAGUCCCCAGGCUUACCAUGGCUGACGUCGACCGUGUUGGCCUCUUCUACUUCUUCUUGAACGGUCUCUGCGCUUUCGGCCUCAACGUCUCCGUUGUGUUCUUGAUUGGCAAGACUUCGUCGCUCGUACUUACCCUCUGUGGUGUCCUCAAGGACGUCUUGCUCGUCGUUGCUUCCAUGGUCAUCUACGGCAGCCAAGUUACCCUCACCCAGUUCUUCGGCUACAGCAUUGCUCUCGGCGGCAUGGUUUACUACAAGCUUGGCGCUGAGACGAUCAAGAGCUACGCUGGCGAGGCUGGCCGCCAGUGGGCCGACUUUGGCAACCGCCGCCCCGUUCUCCGUCGCAUCUCGAUCAUCCUCCUCUCCGUCUUCGUUGUCUUCUCUCUGCUCGGCGGUUUCGCUCCCGACUAUGCUGCUGGAAUUGACCCUACUGAGUACCUCAACGAGGCCAAGUCUAAGAUCGGGAUGUCCGACUAAGCUCUUAGCAAGGAGUUUAUGUGCGGGACCGGCGCAUGAGGUGGACGCGAGAGAACCGAAUUCUGCAAAAGGGGGAUGUUGUCGUUUGUGUCUCUUUACUACUGCUAUAACCACAUACCGGCUUUGUAAUCCUCUUCAACAAGUUCCCGACACUCAAGGAUUCAGUACGACACACACUUCCAUGUUGCGUUUUUUCACCCUCUCUUCGUCGAUUAAGUCGAGUUAGGUUUUACGUCUUUUUCACCAGCCA